ACGGCGUCCCUUUUAUUUAUUAGUCUGAGGAAAAAACCAUGUUAGAAUGACGUUUUUGCUGUGAAAUUUAAAUGACGUGAAUCUUGAGGAUAUAAUUAUUAAAAUUAAGGUACAUUCAUGUAUCUGGAAAUGUCUGCAAAAUACUUGUACAAAUUUUUCUCAACAUGCGCUGGAAAAAUGGCGCCAGCGGUUGUGCUGAACAACGGUGUGAAAUGUCCGCAGAUAGGACUAGGCACCUGGCUGUCUAAUCCAGGGGAGGCACAAAAAGCCGUGAAACACGCUAUAGACGUUGGCUAUCGCCACAUAGACUGCGCUUGGUUGUACGGAAACGAACAAGAAAUUGGAGAAGGGAUAAAGGACAAAAUAGAUGAUGGCACUGUUAAACGCGAGGACCUAUUCAUAACCACCAAACUGUGGAACACAUUCCACCAAAAGGACCAGGUUAUACCAGCUUGCAAAGAUUCUUUGAAGAACCUCGGUUUGACUUACUUAGACCUGUACUUGAUGCAUUGGCCGGUGGCCCAGAGGAAUUUGGGAAAAUUCGACAAAAAUCUACCGUUCAAAGAUGCCGUGAACAUCGACGUAGAUUAUGUCGAGACAUGGCAGGGUUUGGAGGAGUGUGUUAGACUUGGUUUGGCAAAAUCCAUAGGAGUUUCUAACUUCAAUAGCAAGCAGUUGGAAAGGCUCCUUUCUUGCGCAAAAAUUAGGCCAGUAAUGAAUCAGAUAGAGGUAAACCCUAAUCUGAACCAGAAGAAACUGAUAAGUUUCUGCAAAGAUCUCGACAUAGCUGUGACUGCCUACAGUCCCCUCGGGUCACCAGCGAGGCCUUGGGCAAAACCAGGCGACCCUAUACUGUCCCUGAAUGACCCCAAGCUAAUUGCAAUUGGAAAGAAGUAUGGAAAAACCAGCCCCCAGGUUAUCUUGAGAUACGUUCUCCAGUUAGGAACUAUUCCAAUUCCCAAAUCCAGCAAUCCCAAGAGGAUAGAGUCGAAUUUCGAACUGUUCGAUUUCGAGUUAAGUCCUGAAGAUAUGGCCAUGCUUGACUCGUUUGAUUGCAAUGGAAGAGCUGUGCACGCAGAGGAACUGAAGGAUUCCAAGUAUUAUCCUUUCAAGGGUGUGGAGUUUUAGGUGGAAAAAAGUUAUGUUUAAGAAAGUUUACUUAUAUAUCCUGUGUAAAUUAUACUGUCGAUUGUUUUAUUACAGAAAAAUGUUUUUACAAACCGCUUCCAAAAAAAUUGUAUCAACGACUGGAAGGAAGCGAGUGGAAAAUACCGUGACACACGGUGACAGUUCCAAUUUAGUGAAAGCCACGUAUUGUUAUUCUUCUUUAUCCAUUAAUUAAUGCUCUCUUAAGUGUUAUUGUUGUUUACUAAUAAAGCUAAGGUCACAGGAUAUUAUCGCGAUGCUAAAUACAUAUUGUUUUAUCUUUAAAUGAUGUUAAAUAAAAGGCAAAAUCUAUAAAAACAAACUUGACACAAAUAUUUUCGUUUAGAGGCUUUGAUGGAGUGUUUUUUUUUUAAUUUAUCUUGUAAUAUUCAGCAGAGAUUGUUAUUUGUAGGGUAUGAAAAAUAUUCUGAAAAAUAAAUUAUUUUAUACAUAAAAUAA